UGAUUCAGUAAGUUUCCUGACUUCCAAGGAGUGUGAAUAUUCACCUCCACCAUAUAACACAAAUAACGAGUUUGUGGCAGUGGCUGGCUAUACUGUGACAAACAUAAGAUCUCCAGUGCACAAGUUUCCUCAUGUCACUGUUUACAGAAAAGAAACCUGUUGCGUUUGUGACACGAGUGGAGACCUUCAGUGCAUGUCAUAGGCUCCACAGUAAGCAGCUUGAUGAUGGGGAGAACAAACGAAUCUUCGGGAAAUGUAACAACCCUAAUGGCCAUGGACAUAAUUAUAAAGUGGAGGUGACGGUGCGUGGACCAGUGAAUGCUGUGACUGGGAUGGUCAUGAAUGUGGUUGAUUUGAAAGGUAUCAUCAACUCAGUGGUGAUGGAUGUGAUGGACCACAAACACUUGGACUAUGAUGUUCCAGUCUUCAGGGAUUCAAAUUUGGUGAGCACUACGGAGAAUGUUGCUGUUGUGAUAUUUGAGGGCAUUAAGAACCAUUUGCCUGACCAUGUGGAUCUACAUGAAAUCAAAGUCCACGAGACUGAGAAAAAUAUUGUGGUCUUCCGGGGAGACUAUGAAUAACUGGCCCUCAAGAUAGAACUUUGGAGUCGUCUUUGUCUUGAUAAUUAUACUGUACUGUAUUCACAAAUACUUAAGUAAAUUAAUGUAUGGUGUCAA